CUCUGCUCUUCGAUGCUCUCAAUCUGGAGGAUGGUUCGGCGAGUCGUCGCUGCGCUCUGUGUGCUCAGCCCGUGACUCGUGCGAAUAGCCUCAAGCGUGGUCCUCAGGAUUGCGUCGACAGCGCCGGGAAACCCCAAAAACAGCUGAAAUCAAAAAAGUCUCACCCACUUGGAUGGCCUCGACACGGUGGUGCCAUGCCAUCACGAAGCAGCCGCACCCACAACGACAACGACGACGACGACUGCCCCCCGGGACUCUGAUACCGCCUCUCGAUUCCUUUGGCCACCAACAGCAACACCAGCAGCAACAGCAGCGGCUGCUGGCGUCCUCCUCCUCCUCCUCGACCCACGAGAAACCGGCAUCGAGUGCGGAAUACUUUUCGGUAUCCUUUUGCCUGGAAACACCGCAGUUGCCCGACGAGGAAUUCAUUCCCGCGAUCAAGGGCAGAACUCUGCAGCAUGCACUUAGACAGGCAUUGGACAGACGGAACCUGAGCUUCUCCCAGAUCACGGUCACCGACAGCAAUCCCAGCCUCAGUCACCUGGACACGGGUGCAGCGAGUAGUUUACUGGACGAGCACACCGACGUGGAGAGCUUGGCUGGACAUCAUCUGGUGGUCACCGAGCGUGACAACAGUCGCAAGACUCUGCAGAAAGCGGCUUCAUUUGGUUCUCGUCAACGACCACCGCGUCUGCUCUCCUCCGCCUCGACAGAGGAGACCAGUGAAUCGACGGGCAAACAGAUUAAGCAGCGUUGGUCUUCCAUAUUUGGCAUCAAAAAUCCACAGCAGAGUCAACUGUAUGAGCUGCUGAACAACUUUGCCAAGAAUGGUGUGCCACAGCGUCCCGAUGCUUUGGGCUUUGAGCAUGCAACGCUCUCGGACUCGUUGGACUAUUUGCAGAAUAUGGACAAGACAUGGCGGGAUUUUGUUGACAGCGAGGCGAUGAGUGAUAGCGAGAUUAAGAUACAAACUGCCAUCUGGGAACUGGUCACCACUGAGGUUUACUACAUACACGCAUUGCAAACUGUGACAGAUCUCUUUCUCGCCUGCUUGGAGGCGGUGCAAGAGGAACGCCUGCUGAUUGAGGUCGAUCAGCAUCGGUUGUUCUCCAACAUACGUUCCGUCUGCGAGGCAAACAUCAAGUUCUGGACACUCUGGCUGUAUCCAAUGGUGGCGCACAGCGUGCGGACACGAGAGCCACUCAAGUGCGCCUUCUUCCAGGAGGGCUUCAUAACGUUUGCCUCCACAUUUGCGCCCUACAAGGUCUACUGUGCAGAGCAGAGCACGUGUCAAUUUUACUGCAAGGAGCUGAACCAGAACAAUGCUCUAUUCACCGCUUAUUUGGCCUGGUGUGAGUCCCAGAAGAUGUGCAAUCGCCUACGCCUGGCCGACAUUGUGGUGCGUCCCAUGCAACGUCUGACCAAGUACAGCUUGCUGUUGACCGCCAUACGCAAGCAAAUGGAUGAUGUGGAGGAGAUCGAGGUGAUGGAUAUUAUGAUACACAGCGUGGAGAAUUUUGUGGGCAGUGUGAACAAUCAUCUGACCAUGCGGCAGGAGAGCGAACGCCUCAAAGGCGUCAUGGCGCGUAUUGAAUCCUACGAAGUGGUGGACACCAACAACGAGGUGCUGGACAAGCUGAUCAAGCAGCACAGCCAAAUGUUUGAUUUGUGCGCUCCGAUGCGAGGCUGUCCCGCCUAUCAGGUGCGUCAUCUGUUCAUGGAGGGCGAUCACAAGUUCAAGGACAACGUCAGCAAGAGUGAUGUGCACUGUUUUCUGCUGACCGACAUACUGCUCGUGUGCAAAACGAUUGCCCGCAAGGGAUUGGGUGCUCUUAAGGUUAUUCGACAGCCAUAUUUAACGGAUCAUUUGAUUGUGCAUCUGGCGCCCAAUAAUACGCUCAAUUGUGUGUAUCUCAAUGAGUUCCAUGUGGCAACCACAGCGUUUACGCUGCAGUGCACGGAGGCCAAGAACUGGUACGAUGCCCUCUGGCGGGCCAAGACCAUCUAUCAAAGACUGAAGCGCGGCAUUAGCGGCAAUGGCGGUGAUAGCUUCCGCUUUGGAGGCAGUGCAGCGAGUGCGGCCACUGGCGAUUCGCUGGGUGUGCGCAAGUCGCCCAUCAAUUCGUCCAUGUGCAGUCAUGUGUCCAGUGCCAACAACAGUCACAGCGGCAGCGUCGAGUGGAACGAUUCACGCAACAUAUCCGUCGACUUUGAGAAGACCAACUCCCUCUCCAGCGAUGAUGGAUUCAGUUUGAUGGCUAAUCAUGGGCAGCCAUCGAAGGGUAAACAGCAUUUGUUUGCCGGUUUGCCCAAGCCAAAGAUUGGCACAAUUUCCUCCACGUCAAACAACACGCUGUCCGUGCAGCCCGUCAACCAUUUGGGCCAGAGUCUGCCCAACUUGAGCAUACCGCACAGUCAGACUAACAACACCUUGCUUGUGCCGGGCACAACAACUAGUCACUCGGGCAACUUAUUGUUAUCGCCCAGUCACCGCGGCAUUUCGUAUCCGCCACCGAGCCCAACUAGAGUGCCUCUGCGACGUGGCAUGGCCUUCUCGACGUCAACGAAGAACCCACCCCUGCUGAAGACACGCAAUAUCACUUCUCAGAACAGUAUUAACUGGCAUCAGAUACCCGCCACGCCCACACCGCCCAGUCCGCGAUCGCACCACAACUCGCCCGGCAGCACCGCCCAAGGCUAUGAGGCAAUCGGUGGUCCAAGUGUUGGUGGCCCGCCGCUGCUCCAGAAGCAGAUCUCCCAUCAGACGCCGUUGCAAAGUCUCCAGCGACACCCAAGCAAUGAAACAGACGUUUAACAAUUUUACAAUUUCAAUACAUAUAUCAUCAAUGCAAUGCAAAAGCUUUAGCUAAACACAGUGAACAGUGAAGAGAAUAGAAUACACUUUUUGGGUCCAAAAUAAGAUACAAAUACAAAGUAUAUAUACACCUACAUACAUACAUACAUACAUAUUAUAACUUACAUUCCAAAAAAACAAAAGUAUAUUCUAUAUACAUAUGUGCUCCCCAUUCCCAUUGUCUAUCCAAGUCUACAUACAUAUCUAACAUAGAAAUCGAUAUAAUGAAAACUAAAAACAAAACAAUUCUUAGAAGCUAUACGAAUGGUACUCUUCCAAAUAAAGAAAAAGACAUUGACAGCAAACACACAUUUUCUAAAUCAAUGAACAAAUAUGCCAUACACAUAACCAACAUUUAUAAUAUGUUACAAUAAUAUGUAUAUAUACAUACAAUAUAUAUAUAUGAUAAGAUAGCAGUUAUAUACAUAUUGAUUAUACCAUAUACUACGUUGACCACAUCGAUCGAUCGAUCAUCGAGUCCGUCUGAAAACUUUUUGAAUUCAACUUGAAAAGUUCUUAAGUAAGCGGCCAUAUCAGACUACCAUAUAACAUAUAUAAAGAUUUCUCCAUAUACUAUUUGCCAUUUGAAAUGUGAAAUUUAGUUUACUGUUGGACAGUUUUUAAUUAUUUGUAGUAUAACUAUUUUAAAAGCGCAACAAGAGACAACAACAAAGUUACAAAAAAAGAAUAAGUAAAUAUGAUUAUAUGUAGUGCUGUAGUUGGGUUUUAAUGUAGACCUAGACAGAGGGGAUCUUCCAUUUAAGCACUCUCGUUUUUAGUUAAACAAAGACAUAGACAUAGAAAUAGA